CCGAAUAAACACUGGAGAGUUUUGCAAUCAACAAGCUCCCUGAAAUAUCAUUCCUCCAUAGUUCAAUGCUCGAAGACACACGCCUCAGCCCAGAUAAGGUGCUUAUCCGCCUGGAGGAAAACUUGAAUCUUUUGCUUUUCGACCUAGUUGACCAGAAAAGAACGAUAGAUCAUUUUGAUCUAGCUGUGGGAGAAUACAGACCAACGUUUUUUGUCUGUCGACAUCGAAACUGCGGAUUCUAUGAGGACUUCCAAAAGGAGAGAGAGAACUGGGCAAUCGAAAAGCAGAAAUUAAAGGAAGAGAUUGAGAAACUUGAUGCGAGAACAGCCGAGAGAAAAGUGUAUAAAGAGGAACUGACCAAACUGCAGAAUGCAUUCACAUCAACCUCUAAAGACGGAGAUUCAGAAAUUCGAUUUCGGCUUGGCGAAUUAUCAAGAGAAUUGACAAUGCAACGUGUAAAUGAGUUGGCUUUGCUAAGACGUUAUGCUGGAUCUCAGGAACUUGAAGUUGUGCUGCGAAAGGAAAUCAGAAAGCUCAAGAAUCGACUCGUUCAAGUAGAGAGUAUGGCCCAAAUGUGCCUCAGUUACUACUCCAGUUGUACAGAAAUGACAUCGUUCCAGAUUGAGACUCUCCAGAAACAGCUUGAUCUCUCCAUUUCGAAGGAAGAGUAUGACCGCCUGGUGGAUGAGUAUGAAAACCUGUCGACGAAAUAUCUGGAAACUUUUUGUCAACGUUUUAAUAGCUCAGAGGGCAAUAGUGGAACGUUCACAGCUGACGCGAAUUUUGAAAAACUCCGUACUGAAUACGAGUUUCUGGCAAACCAGUGGGCAGCAAAAACCCAGAAGCCUACAUCGAAACAUGAUUGGAGAUCAAUGAAGCCACAAGGAAACAAACCGGGUGAGUCGAGAGAAUUUAACAGAAAGGCUCUUGAAGAAGAACUACUCCAAAUGUUAAACCGAGUCUGGCAGUUCACUGAGCGCCUCGUACAGAAAAAUCAAAAGUUGGAACAAAUAAUGAGCAUACAAAUGAAACAAAAGAAACUUGUACCGAAUUCCGAGCUAACUGAAGCCGCCCCCGACAGCGUACACCAAACGUGGAAAAAACGAUCACGGGUUGUGGAACGGGAGAAUCUGAAACUGCGGCACGAAAAUGAGCAACUGAAGGAAGUUGCUGUAAUAUCUCUUGCGCAAAUACAAAACGCUGAGCAGCAACAGGCAACUAAAGACUUGGAACUGGAAAGUCUCAGGAAACAGUUGGUGGAACUGGAAGCAAAGGACGACGGGACGGCCAAGAUGGUCCGGCUACACCGUAUGAUAACACAAUUACAAAUAUCAGAAUCAAAUGCCGUUGCGGAUUUGGCAGCCGAGCAGACCAAGAAUAGCCGGCUUCAAAGUUUAGUCAUUAAACUGCAACAGCGAUUAGUGGCAAAGGACGCGGAUCUGGGGAAACUGCAUGAGAAACUUCAUUGUGAAGAAAUAACACAUCGUAAAGCUCUUCAGAAAGACCGACUCAAACAUCAACUCAAUCAGCUUGAGGCCACCGUGCUGAAUCAAGGAGCUCAGAUAAGUGAGCUGAAGAAAGAAAACGCCAGAUUACUAAGAGAACUUAAUCAGCGGGAAGUUGAACUGGAGACUCAAGAACUCAAACUGGAACAAACAACUGCAGCGAAAAGUACGCCGAUUCAAAAUCCGCCAACACGUACGAUUCUGAAUGACUCACAUCCUACUACCAAAACUGAUUCUCACUCGAUCGUACACCUGGAGGGUACUGGAGUCGACGCUCAUUCUGCUCUUUCUGUGCAAGAACAGUUGCACAAAGCGCGGUGCACAACAGAAAGCGUUGCAAUGCUCGCGUCAAAUAUUCAGGAGAAGAACGAUAUCCUGGAAGAACGUAACACCGAGUUUGUCCGAGAAUUACAGAACUUCGUAAAUCGAAACGUACCAGCUAUUCCUAACAAGGAUUCUGCAGGAGAAUCAGCAGUCCUCGUUCCCGGUGUGAAGGUCACUUUAGAAUUACUUCAGAAAAGGUUGCUUGACAAAGAAGAAAGUCUGAAGAAAGCAAAAGAAUUAUUUCGACAAGUGUACGAGACAAAUGUGAAUGUAAACCAACUGCGCAAAAGAGAAAUGGAGGAAAUUCAAACUCAACUCAAUCAUAAGAUUUCAGAAACUAUACGGCAACUGUCAACAACAAUGGAGAACAGAGCAACAAAACCGCACAAAGAUAGCAUAUCUCCAGUUCUGAUGCAGCGUCUUCAGCAGCUGGAGCUGGAACUGGAAGAGCAAAACGAAGCAAUUAUAAGACAGAACGAAAGAUCAAAAUCCAUGCAUCAAGAAAGUCAGCUGUGGAAACUCCAAUUCCAACAACUUCAGGAGCAAGCCAAGCAAGAUCGUAAGACACUAGAGGACUCGUACAAGCAGAAAGUAAGAAAACUCUUUCUUGCCUACCGCCAGCUCCGGUCGGAUGUCGAAGAACGGGACAAAAAACUAGAUGAAAUGAAAACGGAGCUGGAGCACUGGAAACAGGAGGCGAAAAAAUCACCAUCAAUGAUGCAACGACAAAUGAAUGAGCGCCUAAAAGCUGAUUUAACCGAGAAAAGCAAGCAGUUACAGGAAACUACUCACAAGGUUGAUGAAAACUCUUCGACAGUCCAUGACCGGUUUCGCCCUCAUCAGACUCUUUCCAGGGCACUGGUAGAAGCCCGCCGAGAGUUUGUCUCACAGGCUGAAGAAGCUGUUCUGGCAGCCGCCCAGUCAUCGACAAGAAAGUCGCUGAAACUUCAGGAAAAACCAGAAUCACUGAAAGAAGCAGAUAUCAUGGGUCGGGCUGUUCUGCAACUAGACCAAAGUCACCUUGUCGAGAUCACCAAUCUGAAUAAAAGAGCUGAAGAACUGGAGCUCAAAUGUCGGGGGCUCCAAGAGGAGGUGAAGCAGGUAAAAAAGCUCCAGGAGAAGGUGCAACAGAUCCAUAAAGCAGAACGCGCAGAUCGGGAACGUGUGUUGGCUGAUAAUAAACUGCUGAAAACACAAAUAGAUUCGAAAUCCUCAGCUAUGGAAAAACUGGAAAGUCAGCUAAAUACAGUCAGCGUGGAACUGGAACGGACAAUAAGAGAGAAUAUCGCGUUGCGGGAACAGUGGAACAACUUUGCCGUAUUACAGCCACAGAUUGAUAACCCUGAUCUUUAUCACGAAAAACCUGAAAAGCCGUGUGCUGAACAAGUGGAACGCAUGGGAGCUUCUAGGCAGUCCAGCCCCGUACUUCAGUCAGCUAUUGUAAAUUCAUCGGAACACAUGGACUCGGAGGCGCAUAAUCGCAUUACGAAUGACAGGAUAAAAUACCUGGAACAAGAACUGCUCGAUCGCGGAUUAACCAGUCUAGCCAAAUUGAAAAUGGAUCGAGACGUUCAAAAUGAUCGGCUACGGUUGAUUCAAGAGAACCUCGCUCAAAAGUCUGAAUUGGAAGCUGCGCGCGAAGAAAUUCCCAAACUGAAGAAGCGCGUGAAUGAACUACAAGCACUGGUGGAUAAAUUGAAAAAUCAGAAUAAUGAUGCUGAAAUGGUGCAAAAUCUGGACAGAUCCACGAGGAACCAGGACAGUAACACAGGUAGCAGUCCUCGAAAAACUGGUGAGGGUGAAAAAACCACAAGAGAGCUGGAGGAAACUAUCGCGCGUUUGAAACGGGUUCUCCGACGAACUGUGGCCGAGAACGAAAAGCUAAAGCAGGUAUCGACCAACAGUCCUCCAGUCAAAAAUGCCGGACUUCAAAUGAAUAUAGCGAAACCACUGAAACAAGAGGCGACCUGGUGUAGCACAUUCAGUUGUCUGGAAACAUCACAAACGAGAGAUUCAACUGGGUUCCAGAACAUAGGGUUGACGGAAAUCCGGGGACUGCGCCUACCUGAUGAGUCCCAAAAUGGGCGAAACAGGUUGUGGGCUGUCGGCGGAUUUUCAGCAACCUUAUGA